GCGCAACACCCACCAGCAAGCGGUGAGGAGGGGACGGCUCUCUAUGACGCACGCCCCCGUUAACCAAUGAGCGUUCCCUAUCCCCUCCCUCAGCAGGAGCGCGUGCGCAGCGGAGGAGACCCGAGUUUUCAAAUAGCCGGAGCGGAGACGGGCGGCGCGCGCGGGCGCGCACGGGCGCGAUCUGGACCAGCAGCGGCGUAGGCCUGGGGCAGCGCUGACGCCGACAUGGCGGAGCCGCUGAAUCAUUUGAAAAAUGACUACAGAGCAAGAUUCUGCAACGGAGGAGGAAAACAACAGAUUAAUGUACAGCCAGGCCAAAAUGUACUGAAAAUUAUACGAGAUUGUUUUGAAAAUUGUGUUAGUGAUUCUACAAUAAAUUCUCCAAGCAUAUCACAUUGCUCAACCCCUGUCAUUUUAAAGCAAAAGGAGGAUUUAUUACUCAGCAAAGAGUCAAAUUCAGGUUUAUUUAACUCUGUGAAGAAGACAUUUAAGUCUACAUCCUCUGUAGUUGCAUCACCAAUAAAAUCAAUCAGCUGUUCAGGACAGUCAACUGAAGCACAUCAGAAAUCUGUAGCACUUGGCAACAUAGUUAGUUCUGACAAAAAAGAGCGGUGUGUGUUAAAAGAAGAUACAAACUCAAGUGAAGAUGAUCUUUUUGAUGCCGAUGAUCCUGUUGGUUCUAACAAAAAAGCAAAUAGUAUAUUAAAAGCUGUUGAAAGAUCAAGCCAAAGCCCUCCUGGCAUCUUUGAUACUGAUGAGGAUAAUUAUGAGGUCAUUGGAUCACCUGUUCUUCUUGUUGAGGAAGCAGAAACAUCUGUACACUUAUUAAGUCUUGAUGAAAAAGCAACUCCAGCAGUGAUGAAGAGACAGACAGAAGGUCUUCAGGCAAGGACAGAAGAGCAGAUAGUUCCAGUGGAAAGAGCAAAAUGUAUUACUAUACCUUCUGAACAGAAAAAGAAGUCGCUUUCUUCACCAUUCUUAGUGGCUGUGACAACAGGAACUGUUGAAAAAAGGUAUUCAGCCUCAAUACCACCACCACCUUCUCCUGUAAAAGAUUUAGGAAUGGAAAAUGACUGUGAGUUUUUAAUUGAUGAAUCGGACGGUUUUUCUUUUACAUCCUGGUUUUCAAUUCCCAAAAAGAACAAAAAAAUAGAGAAACAGGCCUUAUCAAAGCCUGUGCCAAAAUCUCAGCCUUCCGAAAGGAAAAAGGCAGUUGUACGAGAAAGCAAGAAACGCAAGGAUAGAAAGGCACAGAAUGAAGUACCUGUUAAACUGACUCGUAUGGAACAGUCGAAAAUGAAAACAUGUGACGUUGCUGAAGUGAUACAAGCUGAGUUACAAAAUGCUUCGAAUACAAAUCUAGGUUUAUCUGACAAAAAGAAAGAUGCUCUUAAAUCUGUAAGGCAAAGCAGUCCUCACAUGGAGAGUAAAAAACACACACCUGGACAAAGAUCCACAAGAACCCCAAACAAGAAAAAUUCCACAGCCCUGAAACAGACUCAGCCCAAAAAAUUCACUUUUUCAGUUUCCAAAUCAGACACAGAUAUUUCUGAUACAGAACAACCUAAACCAACAGAAAUACCUAAUGAAGAUUUGUUUGCAUCUUGUAGUAUGACUGAGCAGCCUCAAGAGAAGGUUGUGUCUUCAAAAGAGGAUCACAAUUUUCCAAAACAUUCCCAGUCCAUUUUAAAAACUGCUCUCUCCCACAAGAAACAAAUUGCUAAGCAGAAACUUUCAAAAGUUGCAUCAUCUAAAAAACUGGUAGAAAACCGAAGAAAUAAAGUUAGAAAAUCUGCCCUUAAAUCCAGUAGUAGAAAAUCCAGGGUACAAAUCUCAGAGGAGAGUUCUGAAAGUGAGCCCAUAGAAGAGGUGGAUGAAAGAGAUUUUUUAAAGUCAAACGAAGUGUUUGCACCUUCAUUGCAACAGGGAUCACUGACUUCUUCAUUACAGAAGUCCCAUAAAUCCCCCAAACCUAAAAACCUCAUACAUUCACUGGAAUCAUCUGGUAUUGUACAUAUCAAAACUCUUGCAAAAUCUAAAAAACCUUCACAGAUUUUCAUAGACAAUACAGAAGACUCUGAUGAGGGGAAAAGAGCAUCAGCUAAAUCUCUACAGAAGACAGCUAGUCAGAUUAAUCAAAGAACAAAUAUGAUUGAUUGUUCAAAUCCUGAAAAUGCUGAACCUGGGAAUACAACACAUCACAAGGGUUCUUCUGGCCAGGACGUGGCAGAACAAAAACACAAGAAGUCAAAUGCAUCUGUGAAAACAAAAUAUAAAAAACAGAGUAAUGUCCACCGAUCACAAGUCUCUCCUGCACCUGAGAAAAACAAGAAUCAUAGCAGUGGGCCUGUACUGAAACGUUAUGUAAAAUUUACUUCAAAAAAUGACGAGCCUAUUGCAUGUGAGUGGGAGGAUUCAUCUUCAGAUAAAUCUAUAGCCUUGGAUGGUGAUGCAAGUGAAUUUUUGUCAAACACACAACUAAAGCAUAAACUAGUAAUGCCAUCCCAAACACCCAAUGUUCGUCGGACAAAAAGAAUACGACUAAAGCCUUUGGAGUAUUGGCGAGGGGAGCGUGUGAACUAUAUGAUGAGACCUUCAGGAGGGUUUGUGGUAGGUGGAAUAGUGUCUCCUGAAAAGGAUCCAUGCAGGAAGGCUAGAGUAAAGAGAAAACAUACGCCAAAAACAAGGAGUCAUGUUGAACAUUUGAAUGUCUCCCUAGCAGAUACUUCUAAGCCAACUGCUGUAUGGGAUCCAACAAUUAAUGAAGAGGUUUUGCUAGAGUGUGUCAACACUGGAAAUAGUCAUUCUUGUUUCUUUAAUGAUGAGUCAGUGAAAAUAUAUAAAAACCUGAAUACAUCUGUUUUUGCUGCUGGUAAAUUGAUCUUGAAACCGCUUAAAGAAAAGGGGCACCAAUUUGUUUUCACAGAUAAUAUAGCUUUCCAUGUUAUCUGUGGCAAGAUUAUUGUUACCCUUCAUAAGACAUCCUACUAUCUGACUACAGGAGAUUUUUUCUAUGUCCCAGAAGGAAAUGGAUACAACAUACGCAAUCUCCUGAAUGAGGAAAGUAUUCUUCUUUUCACACAGCUGAAAGGAGAAAGGCCAAUUAUAGAACAUUCAUUAAAUGAGUCCUCUUCACCAUAGCCUGUCCAGUAAAUUGGAGAUCAUCUUACGUUGGAUAUUGGGGGAUUCUAAAGAAGUCCAUAGUUACUUUUCAGCUGGAAUUCUCUUCAGGUCUGGGAAUAUAUUGUUUCAUGGACAUUGAAACAGAUCUCUUUGUCAGCUGUAAGUUGUAAAUUUAGGUAACCAUUUGUGGUCACACAAGUCAUUUCUGGUUUUGUAUCAAUAAAGAGUAAAUAGUGUAAA